AUGAAGUCAACACAGCACAACUUGAUAAAAAAAAGUAAGAGAAGUGCAACUGCAGCAUUUAAAUCUUCACCGGAUUCUCUGAAAAAUUUUUUGAAUCGAUUAUUGGACCCAGUCAAGGAUAUUAAUGAUUCAGAAACUAUUGACUGGUGUAGAUGGCUUAUGGCAGGUGGUCAAACUCCUGAAGAAUUUGCAAAUGAAGUCAAACAAUAUGAUAAUGCUACAAUUUGUGGAUUAGUUUGGACUGCUAAUUUUGUUGCAUACAGAUGUAGAACAUGCAGAAUUAGUCCAUGUAUGAGUUUAUGUGCUGAAUGUUUUCGAAAUGGAAAUCAUGAUGGACACGAUUUUAAUAUGUUCAGAAGUCAAGCAGGAGGUGCUUGUGACUGUGGAGACAUCUCAGUUAUGAAAGAGUCAGGAUUUUGUGGUCGACAUGGAGCCAAGCAGUCCCAACCUCCUAGUGCUCCUGAUCAUUUGAUGUGCCUUCCCAAUGCAAUCAUGCCUAGACUUGUUUUGAGAUUAGUUCAACACAUGAGAGAAAAUAGUAAUUCAAGAAGAAAUGAUAUGGGAGAUGCUGAUGCGUUUCUUGCAAUGUUGCAUGAUUUUUCUUCAAUGGGAGCUGCCAUGAGAAGGGUUAUGACUACAGCUUUAAUUGAUCCCCAGAUUUACAAAGAAUUAACAGACUUGCCACACCCUAGCUCUGAUCCAGAAUUUUCAGAUUCUGUCGUGACCAGUACUCAACUGUAUCAUCAAGCUCUGCAAUCGCUUCCUAACCCUGAAUUUCCUGAUGAAUUUAAAAAUUGUCCGGCUCUUCAAGAACAUUUAGUUCAUAAUAACUUUUUAGAGGAACUUAUGUUUUGGACAUUAAAAUUUGAAUUUCCUCAACAAGUCGUAUGUCUCUUGUUAAAUAUGCUACCGGAUUUAGAAUAUAAGGAGCCUCUGACUCGAGCUUUUGUACUGCAUUACAGCAGAGUGCCUAUGAUGCUAGAAAAAAGUACUACGCCCGAUACUCUUUCUAACAGAGUAGUUCAUGUAUCAGUUCAACUUUUUAGUAAUGAAAAUCUCGCUUUGAAAAUGACGAAUGAAUUAAAUUUGUUGCACGUAAUGGUUAUUAGUUUAAAAUUUAUGAUGGCAAAAAUAUUAAUUCCCAACACCCUACAUGAUCCUGCGAAAAAUUUUCAUUUGGUCGUUGACUGUAGCCAGGACGUCAUGAAAGAGCAUUGUUAUUGGCCUUUGGUGUCAGAUUUAAACAAUAUAUUAUCUCAUCAACCAGUUGCACAUAAAUUUAUGAGUGACAGCAGUCUGUUGGAAAUGUGGUUUAACUUUUUAUCAAUGUUUCAAGGAAUGAAUGUAAAUAGAAGAGAAUUAUAUCAACACGUUGAAUUUGAGCCAUCCGCUUAUUAUGCUGCAUUUUCGGUUGAGCUGGAAGGGUCCGCAUAUCCUUUGUGGGCUUUAGUUUCUCAUUUAAAAGAUAGCUCUACAUUACACUUGACAAAAAAUAUUCUCAAUGGGUGUAUUUCUGCUUUACAAGACUGGUUUGAUGCAAUAAAUUUUACUCAACCAGUUAUGACUGAUCAUAGGCAAGUUUCAUUUCAUCUCCCUCUUCAUCGUUAUUUGGCAAUUUUGAUGAAUCAGGCUGUAAAAUGCCAAGGAGUAACUCUAAAACAAAUGCUUCCACCUCUUUAUCUUUUAGAGUUAGUGUAUCAGCAUCCUCUCAGAUUACAGGUAAUUGUCAAAACUUUAUUAUCAAUCAUUAUUAAUUAA